AUGGACCUCGUUGAACACAAGAAGUCAGUUCAGCAGUUGCCUUUCCGCAAUCUCUCGGAGUUUUGCAUGUUUCUUGGUGGCACCAAAACCAUUGAACGGGUGCUUAUUGCAAACAACGGCCUUGCUGCGGUUAAGGGCAUCGACUCCAUCCGUUUGUGGCUGUAUGAACAUAUUGGGGACUCCGAGGCGGUGGAGUUUGUUGUCAUGGCAACGCCGGAGGAUCUGCACGCCAACGCUGAAUUUAUCUCCCUCGCUGACCGCCACGUGGUCGUCCCGGGAGGGUCGAACUCAAACAACUACGCCAAUGUCGAUCUCAUCAUGCACACGGCACUGCAGACUUCCUGCGACGCCAUCUACCCCGGGUGGGGCCACGCGUCGGAGAAUCCGGUGUUGCCGCUGGAGUGCGCCAGGCUCAAGAACAACGUUGUGUUUCUUGGCCCUUCUGAAGCGGCCAUGUUUGCGCUUGGCGACAAGAUUGCCUCCACCAUUGUGGCGCAGUCGAACGACGUGCCAACGGUGCCGUGGAGUGGUGAUGAGAUUCGUCUCCCUCCGGGUGUCUUUGAGGUAGACCCGCUGGUGUACGAAAAGGCGUACGUUACCUCUGUGGAGGAGUGUGAGGAGGUGUGUGGACGUAUUGGGUUUCCUGUCAUGAUAAAGGCCUCGGAGGGUGGUGGCGGUAAAGGCAUCCGAUGCUGCCUGCGCAUGGGGGAUGUGCCUGAGAUGUUCCUUGCGGUGUCGGAGGAGGUGAAGGGCUGCCACAUUUUUGUUAUGCGGAUGCUGGAGAAUGUGCGGCACCUCGAGGUGCAGCUGCUUGCGGACAACUACGGUGACUGCAUCGCGGUGCACACCCGCGACUGCUCCGUGCAGCGGCGCCACCAAAAGAUUAUUGAGGAGGGCCCUGUUUUUGGCGUGGACCCCUCGAUCAUCGCCUCGAUGGAGGCGGCAGCCAUACGCCUCGCCAGGGCUGUUGGUUACCGCGGGGUUGGCACCGUGGAGUACAUGUACGACAAGGCUACCGACAAAUUCUUCUUCCUGGAGCUUAACCCCCGCCUUCAGGUGGAGCACCCCGUCUCGGAGCUGAUCUCUGGGGUCAAUCUGCCGGCUGCCCUCCUCUGCAUCGGCAUGGGCGUGCCGCUCUACCGGGUGCCAGAGGUGCGCAGCUUCUACGGGGAGCGGCCCUACACCACGACGCCGAUUGAUUUUGCGCAGCGCAGGACGCUUCCGGCGAAGGGGCACACCAUCGCCGUGCGCGUGACCGCAGAGAACACGGAGGAGGGGUUUCGCCCCACCUCGGGCCGUGUGGAGGAAAUCAGCUUCAAAAAUAGCAAGGAGUGCUGGGGGUACUUCUCCAUCGGCCAAGGGGGCGAGGUGCAUCAGUUUUCCGAUUCACAAUUCGGCCACAUUUUUAGCUCCGGUGAGACCCGCGAGGACGCACGCCGCGGGAUGGUCAUGGCCCUCCGCAACCUUGUCAUACGCGGGGAGAUCUACACCUCCGUCUCGUACGUGCUGGAGCUGCUGGAGCGGGAGGAGUUCAUCGCCUGCGACGUGAGCACAGCGUGGCUUGACCGACUCAUUGUGGCGCGUGCGGUGCAGCAGCCGCAGGAGCAGGACGUCUACCUUGCCCUGAUUGCCGCCUGCGUCUUCCGCAUGCUGCGCAAGGGCGAGGAAAACGUUGGCAAGUACGUCACCUUUCUUGGUGCGGGACACGUGCCCUCACCUGACUAUCUAGCCAACUGCCUAACUGAAUCGUACGUGAAUCGAACCAAAAAAUACACCGUCACGAUGGGUUACAUGAGCCCCACUGAGGUUGCCAUUUCACUCAACGGCAGCGUCGUCACGGUGCCCCUCCGCAAGCUGAAGUCGGGGGGACUGCAGCUGCGAAUUGGGGGGAAAAGUUUCAUCGCCUACGCGGAGAAGGAGCCGACAAGUCUGCGCAUCUCCAUCGGUGGCAAGGAGACCACCUUCACCGGAGACACGGACCCGGCGAAGAUUUUGUCGUCCGUCCCGGGCCGCUUCGUGCGCUACGUCGUCAACGACGGCGGUCAUGUGGCGGCGGGCCGCACCAUUGCGGAGGUGGAGGUGAUGAAGAUGAUCCUGCCGUUGCGGGCGACCGCGGCUGGGGUGCUGCACCACCGUGUGGCGCCCGGCAGCACCAUUGCCGUGGGCACCCUCAUUGGCGAUCUCACGCUGGACGACCCAAGCAACGUCACCCGCCCGCACGAGGCGCAGGAGCCGUGGCCCCCCAUGCUCGUCGGGGAUCGGGAGAAAAAGCUGGAGCGGCCCAACGGACUCACCCGGGCCCAGGCUGGUGUGGAGUCAUUGUACAACAUGCUGCACGGGUACCACUUCACCGGAACCUCGUUGGCGAAGCGGCUGCAGGAGGCGUUUGAGAACCUUUCCUCCCUCUGUCUCUCCACUGUCGUCCUCAACGCGGCCAACUUCCCGCUGCUGGUAACAGCGUUAUCCGCCAUGGGGUGGGAUGAUGCGGCGGGGGCCACGCCCAAUGAGAAGCUCAAGACCGUCCUUAAUGCCCUUGUGGCUGAAUACAUUGCGGUCGAGCAGCCGUUUGCGCGAUGCAGUCGACAAGAGGCGAUCCAGCACCUGCGCGAGGCGAAGGAUGACGCAAUGGAGGUUUAUGCACUGGAUUUUGCUCACCACCAGCCCUGCCACCACGGAGUCAUCAAGGGUCUGCUGAAUAUGCUGGAAACCAACAGGCUGCUGCUCAAUUCACUCCAAGGCACGCUCUCCUCCCUGCUGGAGCUGCACUCCGUCACGCACGGCUCCCUUGCCCUGCAGGUGCGGUAUCUACUGCGGCAGUGCAGUCUUCCCUCCUUUGAGGAUCGCAAGACGACCUUCGCGAAGGAGCUGGAGGAGAGCCGCAUCACCGACCUCAUUCAGGGCAGCUACGGCAACGAUCUCAUGUGCGCCGUCAUGUUCGACCACAGAACCCCACACCUUGUGCAGCUGUGCCUCGAACUUUACAUCCGCCGCGAGUACUUUGGCGAGAGUCAGGUGAAGAACCUCGACAUCUUUGUCCAGGACGGCUGCUGGUACGGCUCCUACGAGUACGAGCCACUGGAGGACCACGACCCGCUGCGGGCGGAGUGCUUUUCCCCGUACAAUGAAAAUACACUCGACGUUGCCCCGGAGGGCAAAGGCGCCGGCUUUUGCGUGAUGUUCGCCGACGAUCGGGUGCUGCGGGAGAGAUGGACGACUGCCCUCGACAACGUCAUGUGUCAUAUCCCGCAUGAGAACGUCGUCUGCACCGUCUUCUUCGCCGUCAGCGUCCAGGACGGCGCUGAGGAGGCGGCGCGGCACUGCCAGCAGUUGCUGGACGCACACUCCCAGGCUUUGAUGCGGCACAGGAGCCUGCAGCGCGUCACCUUCAUUGCGCACGGCAUUCCUGACGGGCCGCACACUUUUACCUACCGCCAGUGCCAUGGGUGGCGCGAGGACGCACUGAUCCGUAACAUUGCACCGCUCUCCGCGCGACGCCUUGAACUGCACCGCCUGGUGAACUACGACGUUGCCAUGUACCCGACACCGUUCAAGGACGUGCACGUGUUUCGUGCGACGCCAAAGAAGAAGAAUCCAUCGUACUUGGAAAGUCGUAUGUUUGCACGCGUGUUCCUCAGUCCGCGGGACCUGGGUGUUGAGGCCUGGACGGAGGCGAACGAGAUUGACGCGGGGCACAUGGUCGCCAAGUGCUUCAGCGCCCUGGAGUUUGCACGCAACGACAACACCUUCAAGUACCCCACGUACAACCACAUCUUCAUCAAAAUGGCGGAGCUGACGUUUGACGUGACCAACAUGAAGCGCCUAUUCGAGCACGUCGGCAAGUCGUAUCGGCAGCGGCUGAGCUACUUGGGCAUCGCCGAGGUGGAGCUCUCGUUCAACGUUCGGGUCAGCAGCGGCUGCAUCCCAUUCCGCGUCAUCAUCUCGUCACCCUCGGGCUACAAUGUCGUAAUGCGCACGAGUUACGAGUGGAUUGAGAACGGCAUGAUUUGCCUGCACCGCGCAGAAACCUCCGAGGACAUUGCCCUCACAACCGCCUCAAGGUCCAGCGAGAAUAUUAACGAGGCCUUUUUCGAGUCAAAGGACGGGGGCAGCUGUGGAAGCUGCAACAACAACAACAACAAUACCAACGGCAGCAAAGGCAGCUGUGGGGCUACGCUUCGCACUCUGUUGCGCACAGCAUCAAAGCUGUCUGCGCUGCGCAAUCUUCUGCCCUCGCGUGUCACGACUGCGGCUGCGGCGGCAGCGGCAGCGGCCACCGAGGCGAUUGACGAGGUUGAGGAAAGUGUCCCGCUGGGGCCGUACCCAAUGGUCUCUGAGAAACAACUGAGGCGCCUCCAGGCAAGAGCCCUCAACACUGUCUAUGCGUACGACUGGCCGCAGCUGCUUGCUACCGUGUUGAGUGAUCAGUGGAUGCAGCACGCGUGUGGGCGCAGCUUUUCGCGUGAGUGCAUUCCAAAGGAGCUGGUCAAGGCGAAGGAACUCUUUCUUGACGCAGCCGAUGGCAAGACCCUCUGUGAAGAGAAACGAGAUGGUCACAUCCCAUGCGGCAUGAUCGUGUGGCUGGUGACUCUUUUUCCUCCGACGUACUACAACAGUGACACAGACGACGCGGGAAGCCGCUGCAUUGUGAUGGUCGCCAAUGACAUCACGUUUCAGUCAGGCUCUUUCGCCGUCCCGGAGGAUGACGUGUUCAGCGCGGCCUCUGAGCUGGCGCGACGCCUGCGCGUGCCUUUUGUGUACAUUAGUGCCAACAGUGGGGCACGGCUUGGGUUAAGUGUGGAGGUAAAGAAGCGGUUUCGCGUCGCAUUUAGUGCGACGAACGAGGUGGAGUAUUUGUAUCUCGUGCCGGAAGAUUAUGAAGAGCUGGUGCGGCUUGGCGUGCGACUGUCGGUGGAGCCACGGCAGGAAGCAUUGGAAGGUGAAAUGCGCUACGUCCUCCGCGGCAUCAUUGGUGGGCCCAACGAGUACCUGGGUGUGGAGAAUUUGCGCGGCUCCGGCCUUGUGGCGGGGCAGAUGUCUAAGAACUACGGCGAGGUGCCGACCAUCAGCGUUGUGACUGGCCGUAGUGUUGGGAUUGGCGCCUACCUGAACCGCAUUGGUCGACGUGUGAUUCAGACCGACGACGCACCGCUCAUACUCACAGGCGCCACGGCGCUCAACCGUCUUCUCGGCGCGGAGGUGUACAGCGACAACAGCCAGCUCGGCGGAAAGCAGGUGAUGGUGCGGAAUGGAGUGACGCACUGGAACACCAAGAACAGCUACCGAUCUGCGGAGGCUCUGCUGGUCUGGCUGAACUACGUCCCGCCUACGGUGGACCCGCUGCGGUGCUGCCCGCGCGUGCUUGUUCUCCCCCACCAUGACCCCGUCGACCGUGACGUGACAUUCACGCCGAGCGACAAUGAGGCAUACGACCCACGGCAGUUAGUGUGUGGCGUGGGGAGCAAGUUGGGGCUGUUUGACCGUGGCUCGUGGACGGAGUCGUUGGAGGGGUGGGCGAAGUCCGUUGUGACAGGGCGGGCAACGCUUGGCGGCAUUCCGUGUGGGAUCAUUCUCGUCGAGACACGACUGACGCGCAAGUACAACCCCGCCGAUCCCGCCGACCCCACCUCCGCCUCUUCGUUUGUUCCGCAGGCGGGGCAGGUGUGGUUCCCCGACUCCGCACGCAAGACGGCAGACGCACUGGACGACUUUCAGCACGAGCGGCUUCCGUGUUUUAUUCUGGCGAACUGGCGCGGUUUCUCCGGUGGAAUGCGGGACAUGUUCGACGAGGUGCUUAAGUUUGGUGCCUCCAUCGUCGACAACGUCCGCGCGUACAGCUGUCCCCUCUUUAUCUACAUCCCACCCCACGGUGAACUGCGGGGCGGGGCAUGGGUUGUCGUCGACCCUCUCAUCAACCACAACGGGGCGGUCGAGAUGUACUGCGACGUCACCGCCCACGGCGGGGUGAUGGAGCCCGCCGGCGUCGUGGAGAUCAAGUUUCGGGAGAACGACAUCCGGGAGCUCAUCCGCCGCAAUAACCCACACCUUGCCGCGCUGGAUCAGAAGAAGAUGCGAGAGGAGGAGAACCGUCUUUUGCCGCUCUACCGCGACGUUGCCGUUCGCUUCGCGGAUCUACAUGACACCCCUGUGCGCAUGGAGGCCAUGGGAGCCGUACGGGGCGUGGUCCCGUGGAAAGACAGCCGACGCCUAUUCCACGUUAAGCUUCAGCGCAAGCUGAAGGAACUGUCUGUGGCGGCCUCGAUGGUAGAGUCAAAGACCGUUGUUUCCCUGUCGGAAGGAGUCAGGAAUAUCGAGGCGGCCUUCGCGAAGGAGCACCCUGAUAUUGCGUGGGGGACGAAUGAUGCGCUGCACUUGCGGUGGCUUACCGAGAAGGAGAGGGCGGACGGUUUCUUUGGGGUUGGCUUCUCGUCAUUGCCGCUGAUGCCGACCUCGGCGCCUCCGCCUACGGUUGAGGAUGUGAUGCGGCUGAUGACCCAAUGCCAGGCUGCCUGUACGUUAGAGGCGUGCUUCGAUAGCCUCUUUGCGGACAAACGUGUGCUGCAGGCCGCAAUGAAGGCAAUGCAGCGGGCGCAGGAAGGUAAGGAAGAACCUGAGAAUUUUGCUUUUUCUUAA